AUGAAUACAAGCAUCAAGUCAAUAAAUGUGUAAAAACAAUUCAUGUUAGAAGUUCAUCAAUUAUGCAAAAAAUUCAGCGAAGAUUUGCAACACUUAUAUAAAUUACUAAGUGUGUAAGUAGAUGAUGAAGAGACAUUGUCCCAAAACACUGUCUUAUCUAAUUAUAUAUUAUCAAUUAGUCAUAUCAUUAAGUCAAGAUCAGAAAUCUUGUUUGAAGAGGCUAUAGAGCCAUUUUAUCAAUUCGAAGCCAACUAUAGUCAUUUAAACAACACCAUUUCUAAAAACUAUGGACAUUUGUUGGAGAAUUUAAAAGCAUCACAUGAAUUGUUGAAACACAAAGCAGCUGACUAUUAUGAGGAUUAGAAUUAAUCAAUCUAAGCACAAAAUGAAUAACAAUAUAAAUUGUCUCUUAAUUAAAUGAAUUGUAUAUGGGAACAAUUUUUCAAGGAAUUACCACAAUAUUAUGAAUAAUAUUAAUUAAAUGAAGAAACUCGAUUGACAGUAACUGAACAAACCUUUGUAAAAUUCAUUGAAGCCUUAGAGUACAUGUUCAAACAACCAGCCAAAAUAACAAACGAAAAAUUGCAUUAAUCAUUUGAUAUCUAAAGAGAAAAGUUUAAAACUAGAGAUCUAUAUGGAGAAUUGUGCAUACAGUCAAAAAAAAUGAUUAACUUUAUGAAUGAGCCAAAAUGCGAGAUGUUUACUAGUAAAGAUGAAUACUUUAGAAACAAGGCAGCAAGUCUUUUACAAGAGACUGAUUCCUCUAAAAACUCCAAUUUCAAGGAUGAAGAUUUUAGAAUUAUGAGAUAAUUAAUUGAAAAACCUCAUUAAAAUCUCUAAUUGCUUUACAAAAUUAAACUCAUCCCUCAUCUUUCUAGCAAAGAAAGAGAAGAAAUAGUGUCAUUUCUCCUUGGGGAAUUGAAAUAAAAAAAUGUGGUCUAAUUAUAAUCACAUUUUCAAUCCAACUUAUUUCGUAUUCUCAUUUUCAAACUAUUUAAAUGGUUUGAAGAUGACUUUUAGAAUUAAAAACCAUCUUCUAAACUCAUUUAGUAAUUCCUCUAGAUCAUCUAUAUAAGUUUAUCCUUAAAAAGCGAUUAAGGAUGUUCUCUUCUUAGUAAAAUAAGUAAAAAAGUUGAAAUCUUUUAUUCGUAAACACUUUGGAAUUCUAUCUAUGAGGAAUUACUUACCAAUUAUCAUUUAUAAAAGCAAAUGAUUGACAUUACUUUGAAGUAUGUUUCAUUUCUUCAGACUCCAAACUCUAAAAUACAAUUACCGAAAGAAAUGGAUCAAAAAUAAGAUUCAAUCUUUAAUGGCUUCUUUUCAACCAAAACAAGAAAAAUCACUUCAAAUGAAUCCAUCAAUAUAGUUAAUUUAAUACUUAUAGCAUCUAAUUUACCUCCACAAACAACCUCAUCAAUUAUUAUGGAAAUCAUUAGAUCAAUUCAAUAGAAAGUAUCAUGUUCUAUACCAUUUAUUGAAUUGUAAGAGGCCAACUAGAUGCUCAAAGAAUUUUAACCAUAAAUGAGAUAAAAAUAAUUGUCAUAGAAAGUUGGCAAAAGAAAAAAUCCUGUCUAUUGUUUAAUUAAAUCGCUUAAGUACUUAUAAUUCAACGAAAAUUAUCUGAAUGUCAUUUGUAUUUCUAAAGAACACUCAAAGACUAUCAAAACAAAAAUGAUUCGGUACUUUUUGGUUUCAGAAUAAACAGGAUAAUUGAAUCUUUAAUAAAGAGUAAGAUUGUGGAGUCAACUUUUAGACAUAGAAGUGAAUUAUAAACAAAUUUAAUAAGAUUAUUUAUCUGCAAGUAAGAAAUUAUCAAGAGAAAUUGAGAGAAGUAUUGUUGUAGACAUCAAAAGAUCAUUCUCAACUGAUUGUGAAUAGAGAGAUCAAAUUGUCAACCAAUAUGAAAAUAAACUUGAAAAUCUACUUAGAUUACAUGCUUUUGAUAAUCCUGAAAUUUCAUACUAUUAAGGGAUGAAUAUGCUGAUGGUAUUCUUCUUAUAUGUUACAAAUUUAAAUGAAGAAUUGUCAUUCAGACUCUUCAGAUCACUACUAGAAAAAUUGUUAAGAGACAUUUUCCUAGAAGGAUUGAAAUCUAUGAGAAUGCAUUUUUAUAUUUUGGAUAGGCUGAUUGCUAUUUUUAUACCAAGAUUAUUUAUACAUUGGAAAUAAUUACAAAUAGAGAGUCCUCAAUUUGCAACUGCCUGGUAUGUUACAUUAUAUACAAAUUCGAUUAAUUUGAGUCAAGUGGAGAAUAAUUAAGUUUGCUUUGAUAUAUUUGAAAUUGUUGUUGCAAGGGGGUGGACAGGAUUUUAUUCAUCUACAAUUGGAUUAUUGAAAUUCUAUGAAAAAAUUCUUAUAGAAUUGGACUUUGAUUAGAGUCAAAAGUUUUUAAAUAAUCUAUCUAAAACUCAAUUUUACAGAUAAAAAAUUGAUUAGUAAAUUGAAGUACCUUUUUUCACAAAUGCGAAGAACGUGAAAGUAUCUAUUAAGAAACAGCUAAUUACAGAACUAGAAAGGGAGUAUUAUUAAAUAAGAGAAAAGAUAGAUUAAAUUAAUUUAAAUAAUUUAUGA